ACUCCCACACCGACAACUACUCCAACACCGACUACUCCAACACCGACCACUACUGCAACACCGACUACUACUCCAACACUAACUACUACUCCCACACCGACAACUACUCACACACCGACUACUACUCCAACACCGACAACUACUCCAACACCGAUCACUACUCCAACCCCGACUACUACUCCAACACCGACAACUACUCACACACCGACUACUACUCCAACACUAACUACUACUCCCACACCGACAACUACUCCAACACCGACUACUCCAACACCGACCACUACUGCAACACCGAUCACUACUCCAACACUAACUACUACUCCAACACUAACUACUACUCCCACACCGACAACUACUCCAACACCGACUACUCCAACACCGACCACUACUGCAACACCGACUACUACUCCAACACUAACUACUACUCCCACACCGACAACUACUCCAACACCGACUACUCCAACACCGACAACUACUCCAACACCGACAACUACUCCAACACCGACAACUACUCCAACACCGACUACUACUCCAACACCGACCACUACUCCAACACCGACCACUACUCCAACACUAACUACUACUGCAACACCGACAACUACUCCAACACCGACAACUACUCCAACACCGACUACUACUGCAAUACCGACAACUACACCAACACUAACUACAACUUACUCCAACAUCGACUACUACUGCAAUACCGACAACUACACCAACACUAACUACUACUGCAACACCGACAACUACUCCAACACUGACAACUACUCCAACACCGACUACUACUGCAACACCGACUACUCCAACAACGCCGACCACUACUGGAACACCGACAACUACUGCAACACCGACAACUACUGCAACACCGACUACUACUCCAACACCGACAACUACUGCAACAUCGACUACUACUCCAACACCGACUACUACUGCAACACUGACAACUACUCCAACACCGACAACUACUCCAACACCGACUACUACUCCAACACCGAUAACUAUUUCAACACCGACUACUACUGCAACACCGACUACUACUCCAACACCGAUAACUAUUUCAACAACGACUACUACUCCAACACCGACUACUACUGCAACACCGACUUCUACAGUGUAACAGCGACUUUACAGCCACCCACACCUGCAUCCCCAGUGACAUCAUUUAGCCUCAAAGACAAGUUUGUCCCAGUGGUGAUAUCCGUCAGUGUUGUGGGGACAUGUGCUCUUGUUGCUAUUGGUGUUGGUAUUGGUUUCUGUGGGAGGAGAAAUUUGAUUCGGAGGAAUUCAUCAUGUUGA